AUGUUCGAGAAAUUUCUUCUUCUUUCCGUCGUUCUUUCAUCGAUUUCAUGCCAAAUUGUCUAUGAUACUAGUGAUGAUAAUGCCCAUGGUGUACGAAUAGCUGGAAACGAUCAAUUUAUUAUCUUUGCGAUUAAUAUUGGCAAUGGUUUUACUAUAGCUUAUGCACCACUUACACCAAGUGAUCGAUGUUCAUAUUCGAAUGCAAGUCGAGAUUUCUACGUUUAUAGUGUAGAUGUUGUAUACAGUUCGAAUAAUCAUACAGCUACAUUUGUACAAAUAGCUGAACAAACAUCAACACAAAAUGUCUAUUUCAGUAUCGUUACAAUUGAUACAUCAUCAUGCAAUAAUCUCACGAUCGGAAACAUUACCAUUCGUGAUACAUUGAUAUGGAAUGGUACACAUCAAGAAUUUAUGUUGUUAAAAGUAUCUCCAUCGCAAAGAUAUGCAUACGCAUUUGCUGAUUCGUUUGUUUUGAAAUUUGACAUUACACAAAAUCGUAUCGUUGAAUUGAAAGCAUCACAAAGCUUUUACCCAAUUCCAGGAAAAUAUCCACAUGCAAUGGAUUUAACAGAAGAUUGGGCUCUAAUUGCUGCAUAUGAUACUAUACCGUUCAUUACAAAUUUCGCUGCAGCUGUUGUACUUCUUUGCUCAUUAAAUCCGCUCCAAUUUCUUGGCAGCGCAAGUUUGCACGAUAAAUUCGUUCAAACUACUUCAUUGGCAAAAACAUAUAAUCUUGCUAGCCAACUGUCCAUAUCUGUAAAUAAAGAACGACAAAUGGCUAUUGCUGGUUUACCGCUAGCCACCGUUGUCAGUUUAUUCAGUAUUAAUGCAACAAGCGUUAAUCCGAGUGAAUGGACGGUGCAACGUGUACGUAUUGAUGUCGGACCAUCGAAUACUGGCUUUGGUCAAUCUGUUGCCUGGGUUGAUAACGAAACAGUUGCUAUCGGUGUUUUAUCUGUCAAUGCUCACUCUUGGUCUCUGUCAGAAGUUUGGACAUUUGCCGUUGAUAGUCCAUUCACGAUUCCUCAAUAUGUUUUCCCGAAUAAUCAACAAACGUUGGCAGUGUCUGUAGCACCAAGUUUUUAUCAGAUUCUUUCAUGGUCCAUGAAUUUGUUUAUUCUAACUGAUUGGACUGCAGUUAUUUUCGUUCCAUCACAACCACCAGGCUAUUUAUCAGUAUGGACUGAAACAAGCGAUAUGUUUACAUUUAUUUUUGAUCCUUCGCCAUGUUCUCCUGGUAAAUAUAAGAAAGAAAGUGGCUUUGGAUUAUGCCAGGCUUGUCCACCACAAACGAAAAAUCCAGCCUAUCAACCAUGUACACAAUGUCUUCCCUGUUCAUCGAAUACAUUCUGUCCAUUAGGUUCCAUCACCGAUGUCUUCUAUAGCAACUAUUCGAGUUACACUCAAACUUAUGCAUAUCCGGAUGCACCAGAUAUGAACNUUAUUUUAGAUAAUAUGACGAUCGGAAACAUUACCAUUCGUGAUACAUUGAUAUGGAAUGGUACACAUCAAGAAUUUAUGUUGUUAAAAGUAUCUCCAUCACAAAGAUAUGCAUAUACAUUCGCUGAUUCGUUUGUUUUGAAAUUUGAUAUUACCCAAAAUCGUAUCGUUGAAUUGAAAGCAUCACAAAACUUUUAUCUAAUUCCAGGAAAGUAUCCGCAUGCAAUGGAUCUAACAGAAGAUUGGGCUCUAAUUGCGGCAUAUGCUGCUACACCAUUCGUUACAAAUUUCGCAGCAGCAGUUGUACUUCUUUGCUCAUUAAAUCCGCUCCAAUUUCUUGGCAGCGCAAGUUUGCACGAUGAAUUCGUUCAAACUACUUCAUUGGCAAAAACAUAUAAUCUUGCUAGCCACCUGUCCAUAUCUGUGAAUAAAGAACGACAAAUGGCUAUUGCUGGUUUACCGCUAGCCACCAUUGUCAGUUUAUUCAGUAUUAAUGCAACAAGCAUUAAUACGAGUGAAUGGACGGUGCAACGUGUACGUAUUGAUGUCGGACCAUCGAAUAGCGGCUUUGGUCAAUCUGUUGCUUGGAUUGAUAAUGAAACAGUUGCGAUCGAUGUUCUAUCUGCGAACGCUCAUUCUUGGUCUAAAUCAGAAGUUUGGACAUUUCCUGUUGAUAGUCCAUUCACAAUUCCUCAAUAUGUUUUUCCAAAUAAUCAACAAACGUUGGCAGUGUAUGUCGCACCAAGUUUUUAUCAGAUUCUUUCAUGGUCGAAGAAUUUGUUUAUUCUAACUGAUUGGACUGCAGUUAUUUUCGUUCCAUCACAACCACCAGGCUAUUUAUCAGUAUGGACUGAAACAAGCGAUAUGUUUACAUUUAUUUUUGAUCCUUCACCAUGUUCGCCUGGUAAAUACAAAAAAGAAAGUGGCUUUGGAUUAUGCCAAGCUUGUCCACCACAAACGAAAAAUCCAGCAUAUCAACCAUGUACACAAUGUCUUCCCUGUUCAUCGAAUACAUUCUGUCCAUUAGGUUCGAUCACUGAUGUAUUUUAUAACAACUAUUCGAGUUACACUCAAACUUAUACGUAUCCCGAUUCACCAGAUAUGAAUAAUUAUGAUGAUUUACUUGUUCAGAAUAUCUUCGCGAUUAACACACAAUGUUUACUCAUUUCGCCUUUGUUUUGGACAUUGAUCGUCAUGACACUUUGUUGUAUUACUUGGUUUCUAAUGACUAUUGGGAAAGUCGCACCUUGUCAGUUAUUGAAACAACAACGAAACAAGGCGAAGAAGUUCUUGAAAAACACGGAUAUCGUCGGUGAAGGUGAACGAUGGAUCGGUGGAUUAUUCUCAUUUGCGAUUGUUGUCUUGUUUGGUUUUGCCUUUUGGUUUGCUGAUGAUUAUCUUAAACUUUAUCCGAUUGAAACGUCAUCAUCGCCACGUGCAUCGUGUGAUUCAACACUGAGAAAUGCUGUCUUUGAUAAUGCUCUUCAAUUACCUUUGCCAAAUGUUGAUGGAACACGAUGGCCGAUCUUUGAUAUGUUAGAUAAUCAACCACUUACGAUGACAUUAGAUUUGAUUAAUACAGCAGCUACCUGUCAAAAUUUGACUGUUCAACAAAAUCGACCAGGAGUGAACUAUCUUCGUCUAACCAAUAUUUCAUGUCAAAUUCAACCAGAUAAUGUGACAACUUCAACAACUUUUCUUCUUCCAUCUCAUCAAACAACUGUACAAAUUAACAUCACUGGUUCGUAUUUUGUUGGUGGUGUUCGUUUAUGUUUACGUGCUCCUGGUGAUGUAAACGAUGUAAAUACACUUGAAAAACUUGAUACGUGUCAAUUUUUCUACACACAAAAUGAAACUUUAGCACGAACAUCGACUCUUUCGGUUGUACUUGUGAAAGUUGUUAACCAAACAAAACCAUUAACCAUUGGUCACGAUACAUACUUUACUGGUCGGUGGACACCGACGUUCGGUGAAUAUUCGAUCUCAGAUAGAUUAGCUUAUGAACAAGAUGGCGAAUAUCUUCGAUAUGUCAGCGAACGAACAACUUUAGCAAUCACUGUGAAUGAACAACCUUUUUUUCUACAAAAUAAUCAAAGACCAAUCGUUCGAGUUGCAGAACUCUCUUUUCACACGUUGCUAUUCUGUACGUUAAUCAUUGAAUUAUUUGCUAUGGCUUUUCUUUUGAUCAAACUAAUUGGUACGCCGCUUCUUCGAGCUAUUGUUCGUUGUCGACAUCGACAUCGACAUAAACCAACUCUAACUGAUGUGGAGAGAAACUCAAAGAAAAAGCGAAAACGACGAACAUCAAUGUCAACGAUUGAAUCCCAUAGAUUAUCUAGCAAACGUCAACAAAGGAGACAAAGGCAAAAUAGAGGUCGUCUCCAUGAAACUCCUUAUAUAAUACCCAGCAUGUUUGAUAAAAGUAUCCGAAGUGAUCAUCAACGGAGUGCAGUUUAA